AGGAGAACUCUCUUAAAGAUGUUUCCACAAUCAGGAAAAUCGAUCGUCUUUGACAAUUUUCCGGACCCGACCGACGCCUGGGAAAUUAUUGAGACAAUUGGCAAAGGCACCUACGGGAAAGUCUACAAAGUUCUCAACAAAACGGAUGGAAGCAAAGCAGCUGUGAAGAUACUGGAUCCCAUCCAUGACAUUGAUGAGGAGAUUGAAGCAGAAUACAACAUCCUCAAAGCUCUUUCUGACCACCCGAAUGUUGUCAAGUUUUAUGGGAUGUACUACAAGAAGGAUCAGAAAUGUGGGGACCAGCUGUGGCUUGUACUGGAGCUCUGCAAUGGCGGCUCUGUGACAGAUCUGGCCAAAGGCAUGCUGAAGAGAGGAGACAGAAUGGAUGAAGCAAUCAUCGCCUACAUUUUGCACGAAGCUCUCAUGGGCCUGCAGCACCUGCACAUCAACAAGACCAUCCACCGGGAUGUCAAAGGCAACAACAUCCUGCUGACUACACAAGGAGGGAUCAAACUCGUGGACUUUGGUGUUUCAGCCCAGCUCACAAAUACCCGUCUGAGGAGGAACACCUCUGUGGGAACUCCCUUCUGGAUGGCUCCUGAGGUGAUUGCAUGUGAGCAGCAGCUAGACUCAACCUACGACGCCCGCUGCGACGUCUGGUCUCUGGGCAUCACUGCAAUCGAGCUGGGAGAUGGAGACCCACCUCUUUCGGACCUCCAUCCAAUGAGAGCCCUUUUUAAAAUACCAAGGUAA